AUGGAACUACUAAAGGUUCUGGGACUGUCACAGGACCUGGAGCAACAGGAAAUGGAACUACUAAAGGUUCUGGGACAGUCACAGGAUCUGGAGCAACAGGAAAUGGGACUACUAAAGGUUCUGGGACAGUCACAGGAUCUGGAGAAACAGGAAAUGGAACUACUAAAGGUUCUGGGACUGUCACAGGAUCUGGAGAAACAGGAAAUGGAACUACUAAAGGUUCUGGGAGUGCCACAGGAUCUGGAGCAACAGAUACUGGAACUACUAAAGGUUCUGGGAGUGCCACAGGAUCUGGAGCAACAGGAACUGGAACUAUGCAUAUAUCACCAACAGUUGCAGGUGCAAGUGGAGAAAAUGUGUCCAUGCCAGGCUACGUCAUCGCCAUCAUUGUCCUGAUAGUUGUAAUAUUG